UCGUGUUUCUUCUAGAAUGGUCUGCAUUUUGAUUUUCUUUGAUAACUCCUCAGCCAGCACAAGUUAAAAAUCAUCGUUUUUCUUCUCGUACACGGCGUGCAUAAACUCAAUAAGUGAACAUUUUAGAUUAAUAAUUUCAACGUAAUUAGUUUUACAGCGGACAGUAUUCCAGAUAAAAUCAAUUUCACACAUCUUUAGAAGCAUAAUUUAUUUGAAAAAUCCAAAAACACGAUCUGAGUCAUGGACAAAGUGAAUGAACUCAAAGAGAAAGGCAACAAAGCCCUCAACCAGGACCGUUUCGAUGAAGCCAUCGAGGCCUACACAGAAGCCAUCAAUCUAGAUGGAAAUAAUCAUGUUCUCUACAGCAAUCGAUCUGCUGCCUACGCCAAGGCCGGCAAAUUUGAAUUAGCUCUGGCAGAUGCCGAGAAAACCAUCGAGAUUAACCCCACAUGGCCGAAAGGAUAUUCGCGAAAGGGAUCCGCCCAUGCGGGUUUGAAUAACUUCCCAGAAGCCUUUGAAGCCUACUCAGAAGGUCUUAAACAUGAUCCCCAAAACGCUAUGCUGUUGCAAGGACGUCAGGAAAUUCAAACUGCUCUCAUAAGUUACAUGACAAGAAACAUGUCAACUCCAAUGGACAUUGACCCUCCUAAGCCUAAAGAGGAACCCAAGCCCCAAGAGCCACCAAAGCCAGCGGAACCAAAACUAGAAGACAUGAGCGAAGAGGAACGUAAAAAAUACCUAGCAAAGAAAGAAAAAGAUGCUGGCAAUGUGUACUACAAAAAGAAGGACUUUGAAAAUGCCCUAAAAUACUAUCAUAAAGCUCUUGAAAUCGACCCAACCGAUAUCACUUUCUACAACAACAUAGCUGCCGUUUAUUUUGAACAAAAGAACUAUGAUGAAUGCAUAAAACAAUGUGAGAAGGGCAUCGAAGUAGGAAGAGAAAACCGGGCUGAUUUCAAACUUAUUGCAAAAGCCCUGUCACGUAUUGGAAAUUCCUAUCGCAAAUUGGAGGACUAUAAACAAGCUAAAACUUAUUACGAGAAGGCAAUGUCUGAACACCGUACACCAGAGAUUAAAACACUUCUAAGCGAGGUCGAAGCUAAAAUUAAGGAAGUUGAACGUCGCGCCUACAUAGAUCCGGCGAAAGCUGAAGAAGAAAAGGAACUGGGCAAUGAGCUAUUUAAAAAGGGCGAUUACAGUAAUGCCAUUAAACACUACACUGAAGCGAUUUCUAGGAAUCCCGAUGAUCCCAAGCUUUACAGUAAUAGGGCAGCGUGCUACACUAAAUUGGCCGCUUUCGACUUAGGCUUGAAAGACUGUGAAAUGUGUAUUAAGCUAGACAGUAAAUUCAUCAAGGGAUACAUCCGUAAGGGAAAAAUUUUGCAGGGAAUGCAACAAGCCUCUAAAGCUUCGGCUGCGUAUCAAAAAGCUCUCGAGAUCGACCCUAGCAAUGCUGAGGCUGUUGAGGGAUAUCGUUCGUGUUCAAUGGCUUUCCACAAUAAUCCCCAGGAGGUGUGGAAGAACGCUAUGGCAGAUCCUGAAGUACAACAAAUUCUUAAAGAUCCUGCCAUGAGGCUUAUUCUCGAUCAAAUGCAAAACGAACCAAAUGCUGUAAAAGACCAUUUGAAGAACCCUGCGAUAGCGGAUAAGAUAAUGAAACUCCUGGAGUCAGGAAUCAUUCAAAUUCACUAAACAAAAGGAAUUACUCUUAAACAUAAUUAGUUGGUUAAAGGGCUUGCAAGCAAAGACCGGCGCUUUCGAUUGCGAUCUUCCUUUUAUUUGAGUUUCUUCUAUUAUGAAAUAAAAAAACGCGACGUCAAUAUAAUAUUAUCCAACAGCGUCAAUCUCUUACUAUUAAACUUUAAUUCUUUUAUAGAAACAAAAAAAAAACGUAAACCUAUGAAUAAAAAUAAAGCAAACAUACGCGACAAAACUGAGCCUACGUUCAAAAAGAAGCUAUUCAUUAUUUUUUCUUUCUCGCAUACACUUAAUGCCUUCGUUUCAAGUGAAAUAAAAAUAAAGUCAAUCUAAUUAUAAAUUUCUAAAAUAAAUCGAACUAUUGAAAUUGAAUGUUAACCGAAUUAAAGUUAAAAGUAAAGCUUUUCAUACAGAAAAUCAAACAAACAAACAUUAAUAGAAAUACUAUAGCAUAUAUUCCGUAAUGUAAAAACAAAGAAAAACACUACAAUAUAAAAUAGGGAAAAGUAAUAAAGCUACACCGUUAUGGCCACAAGAGAACACAA